GUUUCUACACGCUGCCUGCCAGACUUCAAGGAGAACAAGAAAGGACGUGCGUUUUCUUGGCACUGGCGAACAGCCUGAAUCUGCUACCAUGCACAGAUUAGCUCGUUGCUGAAAACGUUUUAUCAUUGCGAAGGGUUUGUGUGAGAGAGAUGGCUCCGGGGGCUGGCCAGCGCACUUCCAUGCAGAGGUAGAGUAGCCUGUACGCCGAUGCCGCUGCCCGCUGCACGAUGAGCGUAGCCCUGCAAGACCUGCGGAACAACAUGUCCAACUACAGGCGAGCAACCUUUGACGAGGAGGAGAUUCCCGAGAUCCCAGCCGACGGGACCAUCUCUCCCGACAGCGUGGAGGUGGGUUUCCGGCGUGGUGGUAUCCAGCUCCUGGGCCCUCUGGGCCGCCGUACCCAGCUGGAGGUGGUGCUGGGGGGGCUGCUGCUGGCAUCCCUGCUGGUGCUGUUCGGCUGCGCCCUCACCCUGGGCAUCCGCUACAACACAGACCCAGCCCGCAGCCUGUGCCUGACGGAGGCGUGUGUGACGGUGGCCAGUAAGAUCGUGGAGGCUCUGGACCGCGCGGUGGACCCGUGCGUGGACUUCUACCAGUACGCCUGCGGCGGGUGGAACCGCAAGAACCCGCUGCCCGACGGACGCUCACGCUGGAACACCUUCAACAGCAUCUGGGACCAGAACCAGGCCGUGCUCAAACACCUGCUGGAGAACGGCACGUUUAACUCCAGUAGUGAUGCGGAGAGGAAGGCCCAGAACUACUACCUGUCCUGCCUCAACGAGCAACGCAUCGAGGACCUGGGGGCCCAACCACUCAUCGACCUCAUCGCCAAGACGGGCGGAUGGAACAUCACGGGGCCCUGGGACAAGGACAACUUCAUGGAGGUUCUGAAGACGGUGUCCGGGCCGUACAAGGCCGUGCCCUUCUUCACCAUCGGAGUCAGCGUGGACCCCAAGAACUCCAACUCCAACAUCAUCCAGGUGGACCAAUCAGGACUGUUCCUGCCAUCACGUGACUAUUACCUCAACAAGACAGCCAAUGAGAAGGUUCUGAAGGCCUACCUGGACUACAUGGUGGAGCUGGGGCUGCUGCUGGGCGGCCAGAAGAACUCGACGGCGGCGCAGAUGCAGCAGAUCCUGGACCUGGAGACGGCUCUGGCCAACAUCACCGUCCCUCAGGACGAACGCCGCGACGAGGAGAAGAUCUACCACAAGAUCACCAUAGCAGACCUGCAGCUGCUGGCCCCGGCGGUGGAUUGGCUGGACUACCUGAACUCGGCGCUGUCGCCGCUGGAGCUGAACGACACGGAGCCGGUGGUGGUGUACGCCAAGGAGUACCUGCAGCAGGUGUCCGAGCUCAUCAACAAGACGGAGCGCAGUCUGCUGAACAACUACAUGAUGUGGAACCUGGCGCAGAAGGGGGUGACCAGUCUGGACCAGCGCUUUGAGAACGCCCAGGACAAGCUGCUGGAGAGCCUCUACGGAACCAAGAAGUCGUGCACGCCUCGGUGGCAGACGUGCAUCGCGAGCACGGACGACACGCUGGGCUUCGCCCUCGGAGCGCUCUUCGUCAAGGCCACGUUCGACAAGCAGAGCAAGGAGAUCGCCGAGGAGAUGAUCAAUGGGAUCCGCUCAGCCUUUAAGGACUCGCUGGACAACCUGCGCUGGAUGGAUGACCAGACUCGACAGGCGGCCAAGGACAAGGCUGAUGCCAUAUACGACAUGAUUGGAUUUCCGGAUUUCAUCCUGGACUCUAAGGAGCUGGACGACGUCUAUGACGGGUAUGACGUGUCGGAGGACAACUUCUUCCAGAACAUGCUGAACUUCUACAACUUCUCCGCCCGCGUGAUGGCCGACCAGCUGCGCAAGCCCCCGAACAAAGACCAAUGGAGUAUGACUCCGCCUGCAGUGAAUGCCUACUACAUGCCCACCAAGAACGGCAUCGUGUUCCCCGCAGGGAUCCUGCAGGCACCAUUCUAUUCUCAUGACCACCCCAAAGCCCUGAACUUUGGAGGCAUUGGUGUGGUAAUGGGACAUGAACUCACUCAUGCAUUUGAUGACCAAGGGAGAGAGUAUGACAAGGACGGGAACCUUCGACCGUGGUGGCAGAACUCCUCGGUGGACGCCUUUAAGAACCGGACCGAGUGCAUGGUGGAGCAGUACUCCCAGUACACCAUCAACGGGGAGCACAUCAACGGCAAGCAGACCCUCGGCGAGAACAUCGCCGACAACGGCGGCCUCAAGGCCGCAUAUCACGCCUAUAAGUCAUGGGCUCAGACGUACGGAGAGGAGAAGAGGCUACCGGCGGUCAACCUCACCAAUGACCAGCUGUUCUUCGUGGGCUUUGCACAGGUGUGGUGUUCGGUGCGUACCCCCGAGAGUGCCCACGAGGGCCUGGUGACCGACUCCCACAGCCCGCCCAAGUACCGUGUGAUUGGCACCCUGUCCAACUCGCCGGAGUUCGCCGAGCACUUCCAGUGCCCCCGCGGCACCCCCAUGAACUCGGGCCACCGCUGCGAGGUCUGGUAGGGGCGCGCCCACCCUGCCACGUCAGCGUCCGUCCACAGGGGGGCGCCAGUCUGCCAGUCUUUUCCUGCAGAACACGGUCUGAGGAGAGAAGAGGAGGAGGAGGAGGAGAAAAUGGGCAGAUUUCCAAGCACUGGACUUUUUUUUCUUUUCAUUUCUGUUUGUUGUUGUGUUGUUGUAGUAGUUGUUGUUGUUGUUGUUGUUGUUGUCGCUGUUGUCUGUGUUGUUGUUUUGGUAAUGAUGCUGGACUCUGGACGGCGAUGUCUGAUGAGCGAGUCUGGACUGGAGAUGACUCUAGAGAGAGAGAGAGCACACUGACGGAAGAUGGUUGUAUUUUCCAGUGUUUGGAGGCACCCAUAGCUUUCUCUCUCUCUUUCUCUUUUUCUUUCCCUCUUUAUUGCUCUCUCUCUCUCUUCUUUCUGCAGAGCCUCACUGGCCCCUCGUGUGCUUCUUUUAUUUAUUGUUUGCUGGACUGACGAGCGGAGGGCGGGGCCGGGUGUCAGAGAAGCAGAGCCCUCCUGCCCUCGACUCUCCGCGCUUCUGUGUGUGUUGUUUUGCUAUGUGCCCUGUUUACAACCUCAUUCUCUGGUGGACUGAAAAAAGAAAAAAAAAAAAAAACGAUUGUGAGGUCACAGAUGGAGCUGUGAUGCAUUAAGGACCCUAUAGAGAAGGGUAGCACUCAUCGUCAUGACAAUGAAGCAUUCUGUCUUUGUGACCUCAUGAAAAGAGGCCCUCCUUACAUGUGUGACCUCACAGGAAGUGUUCCGUAGUGUCUGUGACCUCACAGGGGGAAAAAACAGUUGUUUACUGUGCGACCUCAAAAGGGCAUGCCAUGUUCUUCUUGGGUGGUAAAUAUGAACGCAGGGGUGCCCACCACUAGCUUAUCUGCCCUCACUGGUGUGUAUCUGUGUGUCUGUGUGUGUGUGAGUGUGUGUGUGUGUGUGUGUGUGUGUGCUUUGACAUUGGCAUAUUUUAUUGUUGACAAGGUUGGAAUGGGACUCAUUUCAAACUGCUUCUUGCCAAAGAAUGUCUUCUUUUUUUUCCUCUUUGUUACCAGCGUUCCGCUGGUGUUCUGCUGUUCCACUGUUCCGUGCGUGAUAUCCUCGACUCUUCCCGCCUCUACUCAGCGAAGAUUGCAUUUGUGCCCACAGCCUGUGCUGUAUGUAGGGUGGGAUUAGGAUAGAUAAAGACUCAUGGCUCUAUUUUGAGGGUAGUAACAGUUUCAAAUCCCAAUCCUGACUGUGUAAAUCCUAAUAUUUGCUCCAUAGUUAAAGCAGACAAGUAGGCUGAGGUUUAGACACACGGAGGUAUUCACUAAUUACGGGGUGCUCAGCAGUGCAUGGCAGGGAAUCCGAGCAUACUAAUUAGCUGACUUCAGGUUCAGUAUCACUUCAGAAAUAUUUGGCGGCACACAUUGUAGUAUUGGUACAUUAACGUUGUGUUAUCAUCCUUGAAAUAGAGCCUUUGAUGUAUGUGUGUGUGUGUGUGUGUGUGUGUGUGUGUGUGUGUGUGUGUGUGCGCGCACACUGUACUGUAUGUGUGUGCGCACGUGUGAAGAAUUAGUUAUGUGUUGAUGUGCAGUCACGCCCCUCAACACUACAUUGAUUUAAUAUCUGAUGUUAGGUCUGCCGACUCGACUCCAAAUGAAAACGAAAUAAGGGGAUUUUUUUAUUUGUUAUUUUUUCUCCUUAGCUUUCACACAGCCCUCCAACUGGGGGCAAAGUCUCUGGAUAGAUGUUUGUUGUGUUUUGAACUAUUUUAACUGUGGGUUGAACAAUACACAACUGGAUAACACAAAUAAUUUAGCCUAGCCUGUGUGUCUGGGCAGGGUGUUGCAGGAGACACAAUCGAUAUAGCUUUCCUGCUAGCAGGUGAACUGACUCCAGAGUCAAAUUCAGGUCUGAUCCGGUUCUGGUUAAUAAUCUGAUUUGGAUUCCGAUUCUGGGUUUUACCUGAUGACCAGUUGUUCUGGAGUAAAUCCAGUUAGUUCAGGACCCGUUGAGUUCCGUUGUAGGCAGUUUUCUUGGCUAACAGAGAUCUUUGAACUGACUGACUUUCUCAGACACCUGUGUUUGCAAAACACAGACUGCUUGUACACAUUGCCACAGUGAAGAAGUAACAGAUUUUCACAUAGUAUGUGUGUUUUGUUUUCUUUUUUGCUGAUUUUUUGUUUGUUUGUUUUGUACCUGAGGGCAGAAAGGAACCAAAACCCUUUAGACAUUAACUCAUCCCUCCUGUAUGGCUCCCCCUGGUGGCUGGGUUUCUGUGAGGUGAGCGCUUACAUUCUCUUACAAUCAGUGACCGCUCAGCCAAUGAAAGGACAGUAACAGAUCAGUAACCAUCCUCACCAACCAACCCCACAGCUCACAGCACCAGAAAUUACCAAACUGUGAGUGUGUGUGGGCAUUCUUAGGAACUAACAGAAAAAGGCGGUAAUAGUGGGGAGGGAUGCGUAGUUGAGGGAACUGGUCUAUGAUGACCUGUGGAGUCAAAGGUCAAAGGUCAGAUCAGGGCGGAGGUCACGUGGGAGGAUGAAAGGUCAUGUGGGUUGGUAUUUAGGGUGGAUUAUAGGGUUUAGCCUUAAAUAAAUGUAGAUAGUAAAUGAAGAAAGAUAUGAAUAAAUAUAUAUUUAAAGUGCAAACAUAAUUGAAAACUUGAAGUGUGUAAAAGCCUUUAAUUAGCCAAUCCAUGCCAUUAAGUGUUUCUGGACUCUUUCUGGACUUCUGGACUUAGUGUCUCGGUCCCAUUCACCCCCUCUAGAAGUUCUGCCCUGGCGCUGGUCAUUCGGCCCAGUAAGGGCUUCGGCACUAGGACCCAGGAGGACACAGGGCCAACGAGAGACGCCAGUUCAUCCCAAAUGUUUCCCUGAUGUCCUGAAUGCUGCUGAGUUGGAAGGCAGGAGUGGCUGCCCACAUUGCCGCCAGUUCGAGCCCAGAUGUGGCGCAAAUCCGUUUUGGCCUUGAUCUGGGAGUGCCACUUUUUGUUUGUAUGUUUGUUUGUUUGUUUGUUUGUUUUGAUGUGCCAUUAUUAAGGAUGGUAAUAUGCCAUGCGAUUCAAAAGGGCAGACCAGGUCCUUGAGUUUUCUAAGGCCAUGAUUAAUGUGUUCCCAUAAUGAAGUUGUGGAGUGUUGCCUUAUUUGAUUUAACAAGCAUACUUGCUCUUAAUUGUCUUCGGCAUUGUUUAUCUCUGCUCCACCUCCCUCUUUUUUUGUUUUGUUUUGUUUUUAUCUUUGUAUUGAUGUAAAACUGUCCUUAAGUAUUUUACUCCUAAAGUCAGAUUUCUUUCUUUUUUUAUUAUUAAAAAAAAGGAAUUUCUCAUCUUUCUAGCCCUGGACAGUGUGCCACCCACCCAGCCUGUAGUACAACAUUCCGUAUAGUACGCACCUGUAAACAGAGAAAAAGGAACCGAAAUAAAGUAUAUACAUUGUA